AUGGUCAAGCCGAACCUGACACAAGAGGUUUAUCUGAGCAUCGACAGGUUGUGCGGCAUGCCUCCUGUCCUUGACCUCCGGAUCAAAUGCCGGGAUAGACUCACAGCGGUUGGCGCCGACCUCGCCAUCCACAUCGAGGACCAUCAGGAGCCGAAGGCGGCGUGCAAGGCCGUCGGUCUCUGCAAGGGAGGGCAGUUCUGUUUCCCCAAU